AUGGCCGACACAAUGAGCGCGGAGGCGAAGCUAGCGCUGAUCAAUCAGAACCUCCAGGAGACGCUGAACCCGGAGAUCAUGGAGGAGGUGGUCAGGAAGGGGGAGCGGCCGCUCAAGAUCUACUGGGGCACUGCGACGACCGGCCGGCCACACGCUGGGUAUAUGGUCCCCGUUGUGAAGAUCGCCGAAUUUUUGCAGGCGGGCUGCCACGUCAAGAUCCUGCUCGCCGACAUCCAUGCCUUCCUGGACAACCUCAAGGCGCCCAUUGAGCUGGUCAACUACCGCGCCAAGUACUACAAGUAUGUCAUCACCGAGGCGCUCAAGGCCGUCGGCGUGUCGGUAGACCGCCUCGAGUUCGUGCUCGGCAGCGAGUACCAGAAGAGUCCGGACUACAUGAUGGACCUGCUACGUCUGAGCACCAUGACCACCGAGCACGACGCAAAGCGCGCCGGUGCCGAGGUCGUCAAGCAGACGGACAACGCGCUGCUGUCUGGUCUGAUCUACCCGCUCAUGCAGGCCCUCGAUGAGCAGUACUUGGACGUCGACGUCCAGUUUGGUGGCGUGGACCAGAGGAAGAUUUUCGCACUGGCGAAGGAGGCGCUGCCGAAGCUAGGCUACAAGGAGAGGGCGCAUCUAAUGAACAAGAUGGUUCCCGGCCUGCAGGGAGACAAGAUGUCGUCGUCGGACCCCGACUCGAAGAUUGACCUGCUGGACGGCCCAGAUGUGGUGAAGCGCAAGCUGAAGAAGGCGUUCGCCGAGCCGAAGAAGGUCGAGGGCAACGGCCUGCUCUCAUUCGUCGAGUACGUGCUGCUGCCGGUGGGCGCUCUCGACGGCAAGCCCAUCUUCACGGUGCAGCGCCGUGAGGGUGAGCCGCUCGUCUACACCGACGCCGAGAAGAUGAAGGAGGACUAUGCCGCCGACAUCCUCACCCCGCAGCUGCUCAAGUCGGGCGUCGCCGAGGCCAUCAGCAAGCUGCUCGCCCCCAUCCAGGCUGCUUUCGACGCUUCGCCGGAAUGGCAGGAGAUCGAGAAGCUGGCCUACCCCCCGGUCGUCGAGGAGAAGAAGAAGAAGGAGAAGAAGGUCAAGAACAAGGGCAGCCGCUACCCCGGCGGCGCCAAAAAUGUGGAGGCUCAACCCGACGGCAGCGUCCAGGGCAAGGAUGCCCAGGAGGUCAGCGUGGGCAAGAGCGCGCAGGAAGCUCUGGAGAAGCUUGAUCUGGCCCAGCAAGAGGUCAAGGCAUGA